AUGCCAAAUGACAACUCAACAACACGGUCUCCUUCAUAUUGUGAGCACGUCGACAAACUCUUUCCCGACUCACCAACUCCGAAAUCGCAAAAACCUCAAAAGAGUUCAAACAAGGGAGCCCGCCUAAGCAAACCGCCUCCGACACCUCUUACACCUAUUAUUCCAAAAGUUCCAAUUCCAACACCUAUUGCUCCAUCAAUUGAAGAGGUACAAAUUGCUCCAAAAAUUCCAUUCAUUGACGAGAUGCCGGUUUUUAUGCAUAAAUACAUCGACCGGAUCGUCAAUGUGGUGGGGGACGGUAAUUGCGGAUUUCGGGCCGUAUCAGCUUUACUUUGUAAGGGAGAGGAUGCCCAUGAGCUAGUCCGUCAUGAUCUUAUCGUCGAUUUGGUGAACCAUAAAGACUCGUACACGCGGGUAUUUGGAGACGAAACCAAAUUUUAA